AUGAUUUCCAAUCAAUUUGAAACAUGUAGUUUUAUUGCUAAUGUUAGGGAAGUUAAUGAAAAACAUGGCAUACUUCAGUUACAACAAACAUUUUUGAAUGAUCUUUUGAUUCUUAGAGAUAUGAAUGUAAAAGAUGUUGAUAAUGGAAUUCUCAUGAUCAAGAAUAGGUUACAUCACAAAAAGAUUCUUCUUGUUCUUGAUGAUGUAAAUGAAUUAGGCCAAUUGAACAAAUUGGUUGCUGAGCACAACUGGUUUGGUCCAGGUAGUAGAGUUAUCAUCAAAACAAGAGAUGUGCAUUUGCUAAUGACACGUAAAGUUGAUGGAAUAUAUGAGAUUGAAGGAUUGAGUUAUGAUGAAGCUUUUCAUCUUUUUAAUUCAAAAGCUUUUAGCAUCCUACCAAAGAUUAUCUAG